UAUUCUUAGCAGGCACAAAACAAAUUAUUAUUCAAUAUUUUUGUUUUUUUUUUUAAAGAGAAAAGCAAAAAAAAUAGGACAAGGCAAUAUGAGAUUAUUUGUUAGUUUCGUAGCAGUUUUAUGUAUCGUGUGCAGCAAUGUCUUAGCCGAUCAGAUUUUCCCUUCUCAUGUAGCUGGCACACUUGGCCGAAGCUCCCGUGAACCAAAAUACAAGAUUGAGUUCCAUUCUGAAGACUCUCCCUACCAUCCCGAUGAUGAUCAGGAGUCUGUUUUUAUGCCUAAUAAAGAUGGAAAGAAUUUUUUAUGUUUCUUGCCUAAGGUGGAGAAAACCAAGACUCUAAGGCCAGUUACUCAGCAGAACGUUAGUAGCAUGAUUGUGGAAUCUGAGAAACAGGUUAAACUGAAGACGCCUGAUGAACUGCUGGAAGUACUGAAAGAUCGAUGCUUUAUCAGACAAGAGGGUUGGUGGUCUUAUGAAUUUUGCUAUCAAAAUCGGUUACGGCAAAUACAUGUGGAAGAGGAUAAGGUGGUUCAGGAAUUUGUCUUGGGUGUAUAUGAUGAAGAGGCCACUGCUGCCUUCAACCAGAAUCUCUCUGACAUAUCCACAUUAAAAGAUCCUCGCUCGAAAGAUGCAUCGCAAAGGUAUCAUGCUCAUCAAUAUACGAAUGGAACCCAAUGUGAUCUUACUAAUCAGCCACGAGAAACUGAGGUGAGAUUUGUCUGCUCGGAGCCGAGAGCAAUGAUUAGUUCAAUUACAGAGUUAUCCACGUGCAAGUAUGCACUUACUAUUCAAAGCCCUAUGCUAUGCAAACACCCGUUAUUCCAAGAAGAGAGACCGGUGUGGCACACCAUUAACUGCAAUGUGCUUCCCAAAGAUACCAAGGUUGAGGAGGACCCGCAUAUUACUAUGAUCAUGGACUCGGAAGAUCAAUCUAGUAAUUUUGAUUCAAGCCAAUGAAUGUAGUCGAUCUUCAUACACUUUUUAGUCGUACAUUUUGCAGAGUUAUUUAACCCUUGUCAAAGUAUUACAGUAUCAACUUAAAGGAAUUCUAAUACCCACUUUAAUUUUUUCCCUGCUCAAA